GCUUCCAGUCAGUUUCCUUUGGAGAAGGAAGUGAAUUGAAGGUCAAAGGUAACUGUCAUUCUAGCAUACAGACAUUUAACUCGGAACAGGCAGGAAUAAAACCAACCUUACUCACAUUUUCUUUGAAAUAAAUAAAUACUGUGAGUUAAGUGGUGAAACCCUCAGACUACCCUGAUGAAAACGUCCAUGCAUUCAGAUGCAGAUUGUGUAAAUACCAUGUCAACUGUAAGGGCUAGGGCCAAGAAAAAGCCAGCUGCAGUGGAGCUGCCUGGAGAUCAACCUCUGAGGUCCUCGGGAAGACAGGCUAAAAGGAAAGCUACUGAGACUGAGGAAGAGGAGGACAUUUCUGAGAAGAAGUACAGGAAGUGUGAGAAGGCUGGAUGUACUGCAACAUAUCCAGUGUGCUUCGCUAGUGCCUCCGAAAGGUGUGCCAAGAAUGGUUACACAUCACGGUGGUACCAUUUAUCCUGUGGAGAACAUUUCUGCAAUGAGUGCUUCGAUCAUUAUUACCGAAGUCACAAAGAUGGCUAUGAGAAGUAUGCCAGCUGGAAGAGAAUUUGGACCGGGAAUGGCAAAAGUGAGCCUAGUCUUAAAGCUUUUAUGGCUGACCAGCAGCUUCCAUACUGGGUGCAAUGUACAAAAUCAGACUGUGGGAAGUGGCGCCAGUUAACAAAGGAGAUCCAGAUUACCUCAACACUAGCAACAACAUAUCGCUGUGGAAUGAAGCUGAAUAAUGUAAAGAGUGAAGGUCCAGACCAAUGCUGUCAGCCAGAAGAUAUGAGAGUUGCUGAAGUUAUUGACAGCUGGUGGCACUCAAUGCUUAUUCUGCCUCCCUUGCUGAAGGACAGCCCUGCAGACCCAUUCCUGGCAGCAUACUACCCAGACUGUGUGGGCAUGAGCCCCUCCGGCUCCCCCUGCAGCCACUCCAUCCAUAACAUGAAAGCAGAGCACUGCAAGACAUUCCAGCCACAAAUUGCAGGACUGAGUCCAUACUUUCAACCUUUUUACCAACCCAACGAGUGUGGCAAAGCUCUGUGUGUGAGGCCGGAUGUGAUGGAAUUAGAUGAGCUCUAUGAAUUCCCAGAGUAUUCUCGUGACCCAACAAUGUACCUAGCACUGAGGAACCUCAUACUGGCUUCCUGGCACAGGGACUGCAAAGAGGUUCUCACCCCACAGAAAUGUGCUCCUCAUAUCAUUGUUCGGGGUCUGGUCCGUGUACGCUGCGUUCAGGAGAUGGAGAGGGUUCUGUAUUUCAUGACGAGAAAAGGACUCGUCAACACAGGCAUUUUAAAUGUUCAACAGCCUCUGCUUCCAAAAGAAUACCACAAUAAAUCAGUAAUUGUUAUUGGUGCUGGUCCCUCAGGCUUGGCCGCUGCCCGACAGCUCCAGAACUUUGGCAUACAGGUAAUAGUCCUGGAAGCAAGAGACCGGAUUGGUGGACGUGUGUGGGAUGACACGUCCCUAGGAGUCACAGUGGGGAGAGGAGCCCAGAUAGUUAAUGGCUGCAUUAACAACCCCAUAGGACUAAUGUGUGAGCAACUUGGCAUAAAGAUGCAUAAACUGGGAGAAAGGUGUGACCUGAUCCAGGAGGGAGGCCGGGUGACAGACCCCACAAUAGACAAGCGCAUGGACUUCCAUUUCAAUGCCAUCCUGGAUGUUGUGGCAGAAUGGAGGAAAGUCAAGACUCAGCAUCAAGAUGUGCCUCUUGGAGAAAAAAUCCAAGAAAUCUACAAAGAUUUUAUUCAUGAAUCUGGAAUCCAGUUCAGUGAUUUAGAAGAAAAGGUUUUACAGUUUCAUCUCAGCAAUCUGGAAUAUGCCUGUGGAAGCAACCUAAAACAGGUCUCUGCCCGUUCCUGGGACCACAAUGAGUUUUUUGCCCAGUUCACAGGAGACCACACACUUUUCAAUGCUGGGUAUUCUUCUGUGAUCAACAAGUUGGGUGAUGGUCUUGACAUUUGUCUUAAAACACCGAUUCAAUCCAUUGAUUACUCAGGGGAUGAAAUUAAGGUAGCUACCUCCAAUGGGUCCCAGUGGACAGCACAGAAAGUGUUGGUAACUGUCCCACUGGCUUUGCUUCAGAAGAAUGUCAUCCAGUUUAAUCCUCCCCUGCCAGAGAGAAAACUAAAGGCUAUCCACAGUUUAGGUCCAGGAAUCAUUGAAAAGAUUGCCUUGCAGUUCCCAUACAGAUUUUGGGACGGCAAAAUACAGGGUGCAGAUUUCUUUGGUCAUAUUCCACCCAGCUCUGACAAACGAGGGCUUUUCGGUGUGUUUUAUGACAUGGAUCCACAAGGAAAGCAGAGUGUGCUGAUGUCUGUGAUCACUGGUGAUGCAGUUUCAUUUAUCAGAGAUCUGGAGGAUAAGCAAGUUGUAGACAUGUGUAUGAAUGUCCUUCGAGAACUCUUUAAGGAACAGGAAGUUCCAGAAUUAAUUAAAUACUUUGUAACUCGGUGGAGCAAAGACACUUGGUCACAGAUGGCUUAUAGCUUUGUGAAGACUGGGGGAAGUGGAGAAGCAUACGACAUUAUAGCUGAAGAAGUUCAAGGCAAAGUGUUUUUUGCUGGGGAGGCUACCAACAGACACUUCCCCCAAACUGUUACAGGUGCCUAUCUGAGUGGAAUAAGAGAAGCAAGUAAAAUAGCAGCCUUGUAAUACCAUGACAUCAACACAUCUACUGGCCAGCAAGACACGUAGACAAGUCAUGAUCAUCAGGGUUAAAGAUUAUGAUGCUAUUGACUGGAAUAUUUGCCUACUAUUAGAAUGGGUUGUGGACAUGUCCCAAGAUUGAUUGUCUGGGGACAUUUUAAACAAUUGAAUAUUAUGCAAAACUCUAGUCAUUAAUUCUACAAUCUUUCUUUUAUUGUUCUUGGUAGUAGUUGUAAUUGUAAUCGUAGGCAUACAGUUUCAAAUCAAUUGACAGUGAUCUAAGCAACCUAUUUUGAGAAGAAAUUGAUAUAGAAUUGACGUGAAGGUUGAUCACUUUGCAUGUGGGUAUCCUAUUACAGUAGUAACACUUAAAUGUAUUAAAGUACUAAGGGGUCGUCCAAAAUUAUCAUUAACUACGGCAAGCGUACACGGCAUGCUCUUUUUCAUUACCUUCUCCAAAAGCAUACAUCAGAAGCAGGCCAUAGAUUCUCAAAUGGAAUUAUAGUGAAUGUGCAGAUAGACUCUUUUGAUUGGUGCACUAUAUCCUAUAUUGCACACGAACACAUCGGUAUUGCAGAAUUCGAGCACCAAAGUUUGAUAAUCUUUUUCUCUCUAUGGCUCGCAAGAGGAUCAUAAUCUGUAAUUGAAUUGGUUCAGGGAAUUAACAAGCUGUAAACAUUUAUUUUUCUGUGUCUAGACAAUCAAACAAAAAAAAACACUAUUUUAGUUCCUAUAUUGAUCGCUGUCCAGUACUACUUGGCUUUACGUGGUUUUCAUGGGAGUCCAUCUACAGAGAGCGGCAGCUGAUGUUAUUUUAAGGUCAUUUUAUGUUUUAUAAGUUUUUUCACAGGGGGCAAGUCCCUCAACUUGUAUUUACUGUUUACAUUUAAAACUCAUAUUCGUGUCAAAUGGGAUUGUAUUCUUGCUGGCAUAGUUAAUUCAAGAGGCAGGGCAGAGCGAGCUUCAUCCAGUGCUGCCUGUAUGACAUGGGGGCUUUUUAACGUAAAAGAUAUAGUAAAAACUAUUGCAGCACAGGGAUAAUAAUAUUUUCUUAAUAGACUAAUACAUUGCAGAAAGACAUGUGACUAUUUCAAGAUUUUAUUUUUAAAGAAUCAAACAUCGUACACGGCCCUCGACCAGACCUCCCUUCCAGCACACGGUUUGUACGCUUUCAGAAAAUGUCGAUAAAGUUUGGGCGGCCCCUAACAAAAUAAUUCCACCAUCUCUUCCUCGAUCUCAUUUUUUCCUAUAUGAAAGAGGCACAUACAAUGUUAAAUGCAUAUUUGAUUUUUAAUGGUAUUUUUUCAUUGCAUUUAUAAUAUAAAUUGGAACGCUGUGUGUAGUAUGUCACCUUGUAUUAGAGGUGUCAUCUUGUGCAGUUCUGGCUGCUUAAACUGUGCAAAAUGACGUGUCAUACAUAGGGCCCUGUGAAAUUCACGAGAGAAUUAGAACAUGAUUAACCUGCAAUUCAGUCCUAAACCUCAAGAUGUCCGUGUAGCCACUCCAGCUAAACUGAUCUAAAGAAUAAUUAAGUAAUCAACCCAUUACAUUCUGGCUAAUUAGAAAACAGCUCCUGAUUACAAAGGACAAUUAUUGCCAUUCUAGAAAUUGAUGCAUUUUAAAGAAAAAGCUUUACAAUGUUUGUAGUUUGGAUAAAGAACCCCUCCAGUUUGAUUGCAUUCCAGGGUUUGAUGCUCACUGUAAAGCAGAAAUGGAAGGAUAUCAACUUUAUGCAAAAGAAAACUAGUGGAAUUUCUUUGACUGAAUUUUGGAGAAAUGCAGAAGAACUAUUUCCCAAUUUAGCAAGAAAGGCUAACACAUAUUUGUCAGUUGUUCCCAAUUCUGUGGAUUCUGAAAAGUGUUUCUUCAAGUGGACACAUUUUCACAGAGCACCUUCAAUCCAUGAAAGAAAGACCAACUGACAAUGCUUAAGUUUAACUGCAAAAUAUAAUGCACAAUAAAAAAACAAACAAAGAAAAAAUAAAUACAGUUUACAUAUGGUACAGAAUCUAUCAAAUGCCCAGACUAAAAUAAACGGUUGUAAUAUCUAUAUUGUUCAGGGAUCAGUGCCAGAAACAGGAAAUCCAUUAAAAACCUGUCCUCUUAUGUUGGCGAAGUAUAUAUUUGUGCCCAGUGAGAUCCAAAUAUCAAGAAAAUCUACUUUUUUUUUCUUUUUUUUCAAAGUGUACAGAUUUUAAUGAAAACCUAUAAAUGUAUUUACACUAUAUGUAUUACUUCUCUGAAAUAACAGUGAAAAAAACUAGCCAUGUGCAGUGUUCUGUUCAUUAAUCUGCUAAUACGUACUUUGUAGUAAUUUCUCAUUACAUGGCUUACUGUGGAGACUAUAUCGACAUCUUGUGGCUGUAGGACUAAAUUACAGUUUAAAAGACAAGUCGUGUAAAACACAAGGCUAUACUUCUACAGCAAAUUAACUAAUUCUAAAUCACACAAAUGAUGACUGCACUCAGGAAUACCUUUUUAAAACUAACAAAAAUAUAUAUUUUUGUAAAAUAACUUUGCCCCUCCACUGGUCGUGAAAUAGUUCAGUCCAGAAUCAAAUGCCAGUUGUUAAAUAAUGGAUGUAGGCCUAUAUGUGCUGUGGCAUGGUGAAAUCUAUUUAUAUGUGCCAUUUAUUUUCUUUAAAAAAAAAAAAAAAAGUCAUACUUCCAGAAGCUAGACACAUUGGCUCACAUUUGAGUACCAAUUACUUCUUUUCCUAUGACUGAUCUGUUUACAGUGGCGACUUAAUUACUUCGACUAAAGUUUAGGAAGUUGACCGGAAGUACAGCAUUAUAUUCUCCAAAUAAAUGACCAUUAAAAAAUCAAAUUUACCAUAAUGUGUGCAUUUUUCACAUAGGAAACUGAUGUCAGUGAAAUGAUAGCAAUAUGUAAUCGGUUUACUGGAAUUAUUUAGCACCAUGUACUGAACAAGUUGCAUUCAAGCUGCGAGUCUUUUGUGUAAUAUAUCUUUUUGACAUGGCCCAGUGUAUCUGUAUACUUUUAGUCAAUGCUGGGACAGAUUUCCUGAGAAGCACUGGACCACAAGAUAGACCGCAUCAGCAAAUGUGCAUUGGUUUUGCUCUUCACAUUAGACAGUUAGUUGUUUUCUAUUUAUCUUGUAGAAAAAUAAAUGAAGAUGUCUUGUCAUCAAUUAUUUCAGGUCUGCCGAGUAGAACUUCACCAAAGUCAGAAAUAUUGAUGAUAAACUGUACAUUACAACAUGUAUAACACUACAUUUGUGUUCCCUCUGUUUCUGAUGUAUGACUCUAAAAUUUGUAUUUAUAGGCUGAGAAAAUGUUGAUCUCUAUAGUGACACCAAACAAACAUUAUCCUGUUACUGCAGGUCAAUGUUACAAAUACGCUUUUCAAAUGCAUAACUUGUCGCCAUACCAUUUACUCAUACAAGUCUUUAUAUUGUAUAUUUCUUUAUUAUGCAUGGUUAUCAUUUUAAGUUAUAUGUUGUCUUUUGGAAUAUCAUAUUCUCGAAGGGUGGGUUUACACCAUGGAAUUAUUGCUACUAAAUUGCCUAGUGUAAUAUAGUGAGCAAGAUUGCCUCAGAUAAGAGAGGCUCUGACUCAGGAGCAAUAUUGCUGGCGAUUUUCCAUCCUGUGAGGUAAUUUUACUCAUCAUUACAAGAUGGCAGUGCCCAAGGAUAAACGGAGCUUGGAAGAAAGGGAGUUGCAGAUUUUUAUUUUAAUUUUUUUUUUUUAACUUUAAGGUUAUGCUAUGUUCUCAACUUGCCUUAAAAUUUAACAACCAUAAAGCAAUGCAAUUUCUAUCUUUUUAUUAUAGUCACUGACAUUUUAAUUAGCUAGUUAAUUACAAAACAGGUCAAAUAAUUUUUUAUUUUUUAUUUUUGUAACUGAUUAUGUUUGAUAAUGUUAUUGCAAACGUCAUGUAGAGAAUACAAAUAAUACUUUGAACACCUCCGUUGAUUAUUUUGACAACUGCCACAUUUCAGUGCUGAGGUAAUCUAUACCCCGAUCAAAGUACAUACAAAAAAAAAACCUGCUGUAGUAUUUCAGUAAAUUUACAAUGCUACUGCUUAUUUUUAUAUUCCUUUAUGUGGCCAUUUUUAAACCGUUAAUGUCAUAUUUAGGGCAAAUACUGAAAUUGUAAAACAGCAGUACACUACAUACAGUUUUCAUCUGAGAUUGGGGAGCUACAAAGGAUUUUAUACUUUCCCUGUUAUCAAUUUGAAAUGUGACUUCACUAUGUAACAUGAAACCAUAUAUUUAGUUAAAUACCCAACAAAAAUGUUGAAUAUGUCUUCACACAUGUAUAGUAUUUUCUUUAGUUAAACAUUGGUAUUUGUUAUGCACAUACUGUAGCCCAUUAUUUAAAGUCCUCAUCUCCGUUUCCAGUUGAAGCACUGACUUGCCAGCAAUAAAUUGACAAGUGUAGAUUAGAAAAAAUGCUGGUAAUUAAUUGACAGCAAUAAUUGCCUAGUGUAAACCCAACCUAAAGGUUAACAAGAUGUAUUGCAAUGUUCGAUAACUGUCUGUCUGUUUUGUGGAAUUAAAACAGGGAACAGUUUGGUCUUUUGGUUAAAGCUGAAGUAUUAACCCAAGCCUAGUUUGUACAGAACUAGAAACACAACCUGGCCUGUCCUCCUUCCAGCUGUAAAACAUGGUAGUCCAAGGUCAAGAGUAUGGGGACAACACCAACAUGGCGAUCUUGUACUGUUUCCUCAAAAUACGUUGCAUUGGUAUACAACAAUUUUACAUUAUUCAUGACAACACUAAGUUCCUAAAAAGAUGUACUUUUUAUUUCAGUAACACUUUGUAUUUUAUACUUUUACCAAAUGUACAUAAACAUUUUAAAUAAUUGAAAAUGUGUUUCACCUUUUGUGAAGUCCUCCCAGUAUGAUCUGUUUUAAGUGCAAUGUAUUAAAACCUUGUACAAAAAUGACCUUCCAUUUCAUACUUGAAAUUCCUUAAGAAUGUGAAGCCAUUGGGACCUAUUCAGUCAGUUUUAAACUGUUUUUAACCCCAAAACCAAGUUAUAUGACGACAAUUUAGGAGCCUUAAGUUAACAUUAAAGUCACCAGAAUUAUUUUUAUAAAUCCUGGAAAGUGUGUUGUAAAAGAGAAUACUGACAGAAUGUUCUAGUGACUACAUUUUAAACAAAUCAACUGGGAAAGGAAAAUGCAAAUAUCAUUUCAUAAUAUGGACAUAGUCACCCCUACUGUUGUGCGGUUACUGAUUUACUCAACGUAUAAGUAAAGCAACACCAAAAAACAUGCAGUUUAUUCACAUUUCCUUUCACUGGAGACUUGUCAUAUUCAGAAACUACACAAGUGAGAAGUUCCAUUCAGAAUAUCUUGUUCCGAUUAGUCCAACACAUGAGUUACUGCAAUAUAAUAAUUGACCUGGAGGCAGAGAAAUCUAGUUCUGCCUGCCUCCUUUUGGGACAGGGACUUGUGGAACAAGUUUGCAAACAAUUUUAACUUCCAGCAGGUGGGAAAGUGGAAGUGACGUAGACAAUCCCCAAUAGAGGCCACAUUAAGGUAAAAACACACAAUGCCAGUCUAUGAGGAUGCAAUAUAAAAAUGGCUUCUAAGUAAGUCUUAGUUGGGACUAACCUGACAGGCAGAUACAGUUGCAGACAAAAAUAUUGGCACCCUACACUUAAUAGAAGAAUUCAAGAAAACAUUAGGUUAUUAUUAUAACCCUGUUUCCCUGAAAUCGAAAUGUAACCAUUACCUAAUGGGUAUUAAUCUUUAGAUAUUCCAAAGCUACAUGUAGUGCAGGCGACAUAGUCGCGCCCUGCCUCCAAGGGCAUAAAAGAGACGGUUGACACUCAAAACGUCAUAAUUUUCUAUUAUUAUUUGUUUAUUUUUUCCCUCAAGACUACUGCAAUAAGAUGCAGCGACCUUGAAGGUUAAUGGUUACAUUUAUAUUUCAGGGAACCAGGGAAUACACCAGUGCCCGCAACGGACAAAGUGUAAGAAGCUGCCGCUCUCUAUCAGACUGGUUCAUGUGGAAUGCCGAGAUGGUUUUUGGCAAAAAAGCUGGAUUGCUGCGAAGUGUGACUUUCGCUCUUGCUUCUGCAAAAAUUAAGCAGGCUUUUGCAACUGAAAAGGCUUGCAUCGCACUCGUUUCGCAGAUGUAAUAGCGAGUAAGAAAACCGCUAUCAUUGAUACAUAUUUCAGCUCUGCUGAAUGUAAGGGCUCAAAGGGAGACUUCAUAAGCACCACAUUAAGCCUCAAACGAGGGACAAUGUCCUUCAUAGGCGGCCAAAGCCGGCGAGCACCCUUUAAAAAUUGCCCCGCCAGGAAAUGAGAUCCUGGGGAGACUGAAUCAAUCUUAAUAUGACAAGCCGUAAUGGCUGCCAAAUAGACCUUUAAAGUAGAGGGGAAUUACCCUCAUCAAAUAGGUCCUGUAAAAAUUGCAGUAUAACUGCUAUGGGACAGGUUGUAGCGUCUAACCCCUUGGGCAGACGGGGGAUGUGGAAAUAGGCAUCUUUUAAAUCCACCGUAGUUUACCAAUAGCCUUGCCUUAUUGACUGCAACAGCUGCUGCAUUGUUAACAUUUUGAAUGUCGACUCAGAUAUGGAUUGGUCUGAGGCCACCAUCCCGUUUGGGCACCAGGAAUUACCUGGAGUAAAAACCUUCUUCUAAGUGAAGAUGAACUGUGCAAGUAGCCAGCUUCUGCAGCAGGGUUGUCACCUCCCGAGAAAACACCAAUGCGUCUCUUGGAUCCGUGAUUAACGUUGUAGUCACGCCCCGAUCUGGAGGGGGACAGUCUGAAUUGCAGAAAAUAGAUGGUC